GUGGCUGGGAUGUGACCAAGGGAGAGGGGGACUGGCCGUGUCUCUGAGCUGGGGUAUUGUCUCACUGCAGGGCUUUUAACUGACCAAAAGCCACCUUGGUGACCUGCUGGUUCUUAUUGGUCAAUGACAGAUUUAUCAGCAAGUCUGUCAGGUGAUUUCAAUUUUUUUUUUAAGGAAAUAAUUUGUGCUUUAAGGAAAUAAUUUGUGAAUUGCACUAGGUUGCAAAAAAUGCUUUUGUGUUUGGCUCUGCAGUGUGAGAGCUGAGAGCUCUGCAGCCUGGCCUUCAGCUGAGGCACACUCUGUGAAAUUUCUGGUCCCAGCAAUCGUUUCCCCCUGUUUUUUUAACCUUUAUUGAUUCUCUUUUCAGUAAUGAGGGACUUUGUGGUGUUCCUUAAAACACUUCACACAUCCCUGUGUGCCAGGGAGCCUUUGGAAUGAGAUUGACAUUUGGAAGGAUUAUUAAGAUUGUAGAUCUCAGUAAUGUGCCAGUGAAAUGGAGGCUUUAGCAGGUCUGCCUGUUGGAAGUACUGCUGGAAAUACUACACGAGCACAUGUCUGAGUGUUCCAUCAGGCCUCUCUGGGGAUGAUAAAGCACCAUUUGGCAGCUGGGGGCAGGGGAGAUGAUUUCCUUUGGGAAAUGACCCUUCUGGGCACUGGUGAUGUCACAGCCGAGGGUGACCUGCAGGCCUGGCUGCGGCUGGGGCACGCUGAGCUCAGUACAUUAGUCAGAAAUGUUGUUGUGAGGACCCUCAGCACGCUCAAGGAGCUGAUUGCAGCACCCCCAUGUGACGUGCUGGGCAGGGACCUCGGGUUCCUGACACCAGGGGAUCAAUUCAGGGGCUGUAAAAGGAAAUGGUGCUGUCUCUUGCCUGUGCUAAGGGUUCCUGUGCUUGCAGCUGCCCAGUAGCAUGGUGUUCUCUGGAGUCCCCAGGCACAGCCAAGCUCUGCUGAGAGAUUUUCUGCCCUCACUGCUCGUUUGUGAGGAAAGGAUUGAGUGCCUUUAUUGUGACAGCUCUCCUGUAGCGUGGUUUUGGUCUUUGCAGAGUCUGAUUUGGGCUGUAUUCAAAUUGUAGUGUUUGUUUGUUGUUGUAGCAGUGCUUGGAGGGUACAAACAGGUGGGAGGGUGACUUGCUGGAGCAUCACGUGGGGAUGGGCCUUGGGCCAAAGCCAUGAGGAAAUCCAGUGUGUGUUCCUGGGACAAACCUGGAAUUCCUGUGACACAGAACGUCUCAGGACAAGGAGUGGGAAGGGGCACUUUGCUGUUUGCCUUUCUCAGCCCUUGCUGUUGCUGCAUUGAAAUCUGAGAGCUGCUAAGAAUAACCCCGAGUUGCUGCAGCCAGGUUUGGUGCCCUGCUGGCAGGACGGGAGCUCUCUCACUUCCUGUGGCUGUAGGUGAGAGCCAUUGCCCCAGCUCUGGGACAGGCUCUGCCGUGGUGUCCUGGAGGAGCUGGAAGGUCAGAUCCUCGGGGUCAGCGAUGCUGGAGGCUCAUCAUGGGCUCGGGGAAGGCUCCUCUUAGCUCUGCUCACCCUUUGGAGUCGCUGAGCUCUGGGACGGGCAGAGCAGGAUCACAGGCUCAGUGUUCACAUCAACUUUUGCAACUCCAGUAGUGGUUCUUCAUUCCAUCCCAUCAAAACCCAGGUGACCAUUCCGACAGCCCACGUUAUGCCUUCCACGCUGGGUGCUUCACCCUCCAAGCUGUGCCCUGCAGGGGACCAGGGCUCUGCACAGCCUGCCGGGCCAGGCUCUGCCCCUGACCGCCCAGGGCUCGCCAGGAACGGGGACCUGAACGCCGGGAAGUCCUCUCAGGUGCCACCCAGGGACCUGCUGCGUCUCUGCAGGGUCUCAGGGGACAAUGGCUGUGAGCACGCCUGGCCUCCUGUCACCAAUCACACCCUCACAGAGGGCGCCUGGAAGUUCGACACCCCUGCCAUGGAGCAGACCCUUAACCAGUCCCUGUUCCUGGACAGCGUGUGCGCUGACCCUCUGCACAGGUGCCAGCAGUUCAACCCAAGCUCUGAGGCAGGGAAGGACCAUCACCAGGUGCUGCCAGAGGGCAAGCAGGCGCCGGGGGCCAACGGAGCCUGCGAGCCGCAGGACAGGCCGUGGCCCAGCGGGAGCAGGCUGAUGCCAUCGGGACUCCAGGCCAGCAGUUUCUAUUCCAAACCUGUGGCAGCUCCCCCAGGCCGAGCCUGGGUGCAGGAAGGCUGCACCGUGCACCCCCACCAGGGAGGCUGCGAGCUCAGUGCCUGGAAACAGCAGCUGGACAAAGUGCGGCUGCAGCUGGAGCAGAUGCAGUUACAAAAUGGAGGCACCUGCCCCCAUUCCUCACUGUAUUCCCCAUCCCUGCCUGCCCCUGACCCAGCACAGUGGAUCAAUAUCCUGAACUCCAAUGAAAACCUGCUCAAGGAGAAAGAGCUCCUCAUUGACAGACAGAGGCAGCACAUUUCCCAGCUGGAGCAGAAGGUCCGGGAGAGUGAGCUGCAGGUGCACAGUGCCCUGCUGGGCUGCCCAGCAUCCUAUGGAGACAUCUACAUGCUGAGGAUGCAGGAGCUGCAGCGGGAGAACACCUUCCUCCGGGCACAGUUCACAGAGAAGACUGAGUGCCUCAGCAAGGAGAACAUUGAGCUGGAGAGGAAGCUGGCUGCUGCAGAGGUGGAUGUGAAGCUGGUCCGGGAGUCCCUGAAGGAAACAGUGCAGAAACAUGCAGAGGAGUUAAAGAAGCAGGAAGAAAGGUUAAAGGGAAGAGACAAACACAUUAAUAACCUUAAAAAGAAAUGCCAGAAGGAAUCUGAACAAAACAGAGAGAGACAGCAGAGAAUUGAGACCCUGGAACGAUACCUGGCUGAUCUCCCAACCCUUGAGGACCACCAGAAACAGAGUCAGAAGCUGAAGGAGUCUGAACUGAAGACCACUGCCCUGCAGGAAACAUUGCUGGCAGUGGAAAGAGAGCUUGGAGAUGUCCAGGCUGCUUUCAGGGAGCAAGAGCUGCAGCUGGAAACACAAAAGCACAAGGAGAGGGAGCUCCUGUCCACUGUGCGCAGCUUGCAGGACAAGUUGCAGCAGUAUGCAAAGAAUGCAGAGAGAGGACCCCCUGCCCAGAAUGGGGAGAGGCAGAAAAUGGAACACGACUCUCUGAAGAAGGAGUGUGACUGCCUCAGGAAGAUUGUGGACAAAAAGCAGAAGAAGAUGGAGCAGUUAACCUUGCAAGUCAAGAACCUGGAAGAACAGGUGGCCCAGGAGGAGGGGACAAGCCAAGCUCUGAAAGAGGAGGCGAUGAGAAGGGAAAAUGCUCUGCAGCAGCUCCGGGCUGCCGUGAAAGAGCUGUCCGUGCAGAACCAGGAGCUGAUUGAGAAGAACCUGACGCUGCAGGAGCAGCUGCGGCAGGCGCAGCUGACGGCCCAGCCCCUGCCUGCUGACACGGCCCGCCUGGCCCAGGAGCUGCACGGGGAGCUGGCCAGCUGCCUGCAGGAUUUACAGUCUGUCUACAGCAUUGUCACCCAGAGGGCUCAGGGCAAGGACCCCAACCUCUCUCUGCUCCUGGGCAUUCACUCUGUGCAGUACCCUGUGAAGGACAAGGAUGACCUGCUGAGCCCUGAUGGACUGGCCAAGAAACUGGUGGAAGUAAAACAGCUUCACAAAGAGGUGGAGGACUUGAGGACUGCAAUAUCUGACAGAUACGCUCAGGACAUGGGAGACAACUGCAUCACCCAGUAAAGAGCACUCCCAAAGUAAGACAGGGAAUGAAGACUUGAAACUCUCAGGAGUCUUGUGCUCCACAACCCUAAACCUAUUCAGCACUUUACCAUCCCUCUGCUCGGGUACAGGAUGUGUGACUGAUCUGGUCUGUGAGGAGUCGGGGGCUGUGUUGCCAGAAGUGUUCAGCUGCUGACUGGGAUAAUUCAGGGCUUCGGUGCCAGGCUUUGCAGUAGCUUUGAUCUUGUGGAAUGUGUUUUAUGCUGUGUUUGCUGGAGCUGCCGUGGUCUCUGGUGCUGGGAGAUGAAUUCUGAUUUGCCUUCCAGGCAUGUUAAAUGCUGAACAUGCAAGUGUGACUGUUAAAAUCGUGGCUAAAAGGAAAUGUAUGCCCUGGUCUUGCUGAUAGCCUCCCUGUGCAGGUCCUGUGGGACCAGUGGGACCAGAGGGUUGUCAGAGUGUUUGUGGGAUAUCUGGAUUCCACAGGCAGGCAGGUGUGCCAGUUCCACUCCUGGCAUUUACAUCGAGGUGCUGCUGCCUUGGACUGAUGAAGCAGGACCUGCUCUCCCCAGGUACUGCAACCAUUCAGCAGCCAGCAUGAGUUGGGGAAUAAAGCAACACUAAAAGACUCUGGAAAUGCUCCCCCUGGGCACUGUUACCCCAGAAGCCUUAAGCCGUUUGUCCCCCUGAAUCAGCACUGGGAGUGGGCUGUGAUUCAGACUGCAGAGGAAGUGGAUUGAUGCUGAAGUGCCUUAAUGAGCUGGAAGAACCCUCUGCCCCCACUCUGCUCCGUGCCUAAUGCAUCCACUGGCAGGCGAGGGGCUGCUCUUCCCUCUCACAGCCUUUUACAGCCAUCAAAACACUCCUGGGGAGCUCCAAGUGUCUGUGGCCCCUGCCAGAGCCUCCAAGAGCCUCUGUGCCCCUGGGGGCACCUCUGCUUUACUGGGAGAAAGCCAUACUGGUCCUAACGUGGAAGGGGUGGCACAGGGAGCUCUUCCUGCCAGCAGUGGCCACCUGGGCUUUGUCACAGCCCUGUCCCUCCUUCCCUGCUCUUCUGCAAGUAAUGGGAUUUCUAAAUGAGUCCCUGAGGGAUCAGUUUCACUGUCCCACCACCCUCCCUAACCCUAGUGACAGCUUUACAGGACUGAGGGUGGAACUUGGGUUUUUAUCUUGAGUUAAGAGCAAGAUAACCAAGUUGUGACAGGGAAGAAUCCUGCUGACACUUGUGUUGUUUGGCUGCUCUUGGUUCACGUUGGGGCUGUGAGCCCUGGGUUUGGCAGAAAUGCUUUUGUUAUUCUUUUGUAUUAAAAUUUUUAAGACCAAA